GCAGUGGUUAAACGGAUUAAAGACAAUUAUGAUUGCACAGGUUUUAUUCAUCUCUACAAUUGUGGCGAUUGCCCAAGCAGGACUUCUUCACGGUGGUCUAGAUUUAGGUGGAUCAUCAUAUAUCGGAAGCCAUAGUAUAGCUGUUGCAAAAGAACCAGUUGUAGAAUAUUGGGCUCCUCCAAAAUACGAGUACAAAUAUGGAGUUCAAGAUUACCACACUGGCGAUGUCAAAAACCAAGAAGAAUCUAGAGUGGGAGACCUCACUCAAAGUGAUUACUCUUUGGCAGAAAAAGAUAGAAAGAUUCAAGUAUCCAGGAUAAUUGCAGGUGCUGUUCCUAUCUCUCACGGAAAGGGUUGGUAGUAACAAUGUUAACUGAAGAAUGGUACUUACUACAGCUUUGGAUAUGUCCUUUAUGUGAUCUCGUCUAUACGGAUAUUUAUUGAAAAAGGAACUUGGUAUUAUUAAUAUAUUUAGUAUUUUUGCA